CCACGCCCCCAGUAACGAAAAAUAACUCCACCUCCCCGCCUCUCUCGAACUUGGCUCGUUGGAAUGGCUGCGCGCUCCACCCCUUCCCCACAUCCUAACCAAUAAGCAGGAGGCCAACCCCUAUGACAUUGCGCUCAUUGAUAUGGAACAACCACGUUCACCGCAUAGCCCCGCCUACUAGCUGCUUAGCACCCCUCGCUCAUAGAGGCGCCGUGACAGGGGGCCCUGCUCUCCUUGUGGGGGGGGCGGCGCAUGCGUGGAGGGAGCGUUCUCUUCCUUUCGACCCUCCUCCCUGGUCUCUUCCCCUCCCCCCCCACCCUUCUGUCAUUUGGUUAUUAUAAGAGCAAUUCCCGCUGCCGAGAACGGGGAAUUGCAGGAGCCGGGCCGGCUGGGCUGCCCCUUCCCCCCCUGAGCUCAGCGCUGCCGCCUCCGCCUCCCCACCAACUGGCCUCGGUAAAGAGCUUUCCCCCCACUGCCCUCAGGAUCUCUCCGUGGCUGCUGCUCCCUCCCCCGCCUUCUCCAAUGCCAUGGACUCGCCUCCGAUGUUGCACCCCGUGAAGCUCUAUGUUUACGACCUGUCCAAGGGCAUGGCUCGGCGUCUCAGCCCUAUCAUGCUCGGGAAGCAGCUGGAUGGUAUUUGGCAUACCUCCAUAAUUGUCCACAGGGAUGAGUUCUUCUAUGGUAGUGGUGGGAUCUCCAGUUGUCCACCUGGUGGGACAAUGCUCGGGCCCCCAGACUCGAUUGUAGACCUAGGAUUCACAGAAGUUUCAGAAGAGCUCUUCCUGGAAUACUUGGCCUCAUUAGGGGAAUCCAUAUUCCGAGGAGACACCUAUAACCUUUUUGACCAUAACUGCAAUACAUUUAGCAAUGAAGUGGCACAAUUCUUAACAGGGAGAAAGAUCCCUUCCUACAUCACUGACCUUCCAUCUGAAGUUCUUGCAACACCCUUUGGACAAGCUCUACGGCCUCUCCUUGACUCCAUUCAGAUCCAGCCACCUGGAGGAAAUACUUUCAGCAGACAUAAUGGGCAGAGCUAGCAAACAUGGUGGAAAAUGCCUCAAAUCAUCUGGGCAUUUCCUUUUUAAACCCCAGUCUACCAGAUUCCUAUCUUAGAAUUUCAUGCCACAGUUAACAGCAAAAUGGCAUUUCAGACUUUCCAGGGAGAGUAUUUACUGGAUUGCAUGUGAUCUGAUGCUACCAGGAAAAAAUUGUCAUAAAGUCAAAUAGCAUUAUAUUUACUUACUUAAAGUUGUUUUUGUCUUGGUUCACUUCUAAUGCUUUUUAAAAUCCCCUGCUGAGAGAGUAGAGAAUAGAAAGCCCAUUGCACAACUUAGAAUAACAUGGGUAGCACUGAGUAGCUAGUCUUAGCCAUCCCUUGCCAGACUUGCUUAUUUUUCAUAUCCAUGUUAUGGUGUAUUUGUGGCAAAUAUAGCAGAAAAAGUGUAAAACUUGCAACAUUGAAGUCCUAGUUAAUACUAACCCAUUAUUAAACUUGAACACAGUAUUAUUUUGUGCUACCUUUAGGAGGGAAAAGUUCACUGUGAAAUACUCUGAUAAAUGUAUCUUAAAUAGGUAUUGUAGAUUAGUUUCUCAAUCACAGUAAUCUUCACAACAAACUACUAGGUGGAUUUCUAAUUCUGGAUAUGUAUGACUGUAAUAAAAGACCACUUCCUGUCAUUCAGUACCAGAACUGGACUGGAGAGUGUGGAUUCUGCAGCAUCAAGUAGAACAAUCCCUGAAAUUAAUUCAUAGCCAUAUGGGAAGAAAUCUUAUAAAUUGGUUACUGUAGAUCUAUAUUACACUAAGCAGUCUCUCCAUUUUAGAAAAAGAAAAACAUCACAACUAUGCAGUUAUGCCUAAUUAAUUACACGCCUUUAUCUCAAUCCUUUGGCGGGGGGGGGUCAAGGCUAACAGGUGAUCUAAGUUUGAGGUGGAGGGUCGUAGCCAGAAAAUAAGCACUUUAGAAAUUGUUCCAGAAUCAAGUCAAUGUCCACUGUUUGAUUUAGAUUCACUCUUCCCCUUAAAGCAUCUACAUUGUAUAAAAGGUAUUCUGUGUAUUGUGGGCCAUUUCAAACAAAUUGUUGACACACCAUCUUCCCCCCAACUCUAUUCUUGAGAGGAACCUGUCAUCUAUUCAGACAUGGGAACAAAGAGUGAUGAUGAUAUGCUGUCUUUCCUCAUAAUUAUCUCUGCAGUAUACCCUAUCCCUAGUGAGAAUCAUUCUGAGGCAAUGGCUGCUUGUCUGUAAGAAAGCUCUGCAGAAGAAGGUACUGAAGCUGUUCAUCACAUCAAAUGAAUAAUCAGGUCUGAGGCAAUGCAAGCCCUAUUGGAACAUCUUUCUCCAGGAAUUCUUCCAAUUAUUCUCCAGUAUUAGGAGCAGUGGAGUGAGUGGGGGACGGAGGAGCCUAAGGAAGAGACGGCUUCUGUGGCUGCCUGCUGGCAGUGGCAGCAGCAGCUGUUCAAAUUGCUGCCUUUUCCUUCAUCUUCUUCCCAUAUAAUGCAUCAGGGCAAGAAGCAAAGUCAUGACAUGGCAUUCUUUCCCUGGUGCAUUAAUGGGGAAAAUAAAUAGACAUGCCCUGUAACUAGAGGAUGUGGCCAACUUCUUUGCUGGGAAAAGGAUGCAACAAUCCUUGAGGAGAGGAGAGCUGGUCUUGUGGUAGCAAGCAUGACUUGUCCCCUUAGCUAAGCAGGGUCUGCCCUGGUUGCAUAUGAAUGGGAGACUUGAUGUGUGUGCACUGCAAGAUAUUCCCCUCAGGGGAUGAAGCCGCUCUGGGAAGAGCAGAAGAAGGUUUCAAGUUCCCUUCCUGGCUUCUCCAAGAUAGGGCUGAGAGAGAUUCCUGCCUGCAACCUUGGAGAAGCCGCUGCCAGUCUGUGAAGACAGUACUGAGCUAGAUAGACCAAUGGUCUGACUCAGUAUAUGGCAGCUUCCUAUGUUCCUAUUAUGACAUUGCUUCCUGCCUUGGUGCAUUAUAGAGGGAGAAGAUGGGUGGACAGGUGGCAUUUUGAAAUGCUGCAGCUGCCAGAAGGCAUCUGCUUUCUUCACAGCUCUUCCUUUAAAAUAAGUCUUCCACAUCCUGAUGCAUCAAGCCAAUAACAGUCAUCAGCUCAAUGUGAUCCUGGCCACUCUCUGCAUCAUUAACAUAAUGUGAGAAUGAUCAGGACUGAUCAUUCCUAUGCACAACCCUAGAAGAUACCAUGACCAAGACCCUGAACUCUAUCUGAUGCACUGUAUCAGCUGUUAAUUCAGCUAACUUAGAAAUCUUUUUGCACCCUGGCCAAUCUGUCCUUCUCUUCUCUUAUAGCAGGCUGAUUUACCUCCCUCCUCAAAUAAUGUUUCAAAAAGAUGCAAAAUAACUAUUUUUGCUGCUAACGUUUGGAAAUGGCGGGGGGAGGAUUUGGUUUCAGCUCAGAUAUUAUGUUCACUUUUGGUCCACAACACAUGUAACAAUGUAAUGCCACUAUGAGUAUAAAAUGUACAAUCUGUGAAGGUCUAUCCAUCCCUUUAAAGGUUCUGAAAGAGCAGGAGAGGAUGCAGCCACUGUGUCUUCCACACCCUGCUGCUACCAGCCCUUUUUCCUGCUUUCCUCUUUCCUGCUGUGAGAUAAAACUGGAGUCCUAUUUUCUACAGACCUGUAGAGAAAUGGGGCGGGAGGCACAGCGCUUGCAUCCUCUCCUGCUGGCUUGGAACCUUUGCACAGGAACUUCAUACUGCAGUCUGGCAACACUUUGCUUUCCUACUCUGGUAGCAUUUUAAAGCUAUGUUGGUAGCCAUAACUAGAUAAGAAUUGGCUAACAGUGAAUCUGAUCCUGAAUAUUCUUAAGUCCUUAUCCUCUGCUUGUAAAAAUAUACUCAUCGUUCCUCUACAAGGCAAUUUGUACAGGAUAUGUGGAGGAGGAGGAGGAGGAGAAAAGCAAGAGCAAAGCAUUUUAAAAAUUCAUCCUGCUGAAGCUCUCAGAAGCACUGAGUAUCUGGCCUUCUUAAAAGUUUUUUCCUUCUCUUCUUGCAGUCUGGUCCAAAACGGGUUUACUUCCAAGUCUGCUCCAUUGAGCUUAAUGGGACAUGCUUCCUAAUGACUGUGUUUAGGAUUGCAGCCUCAGCAAUGCCAGUAGUUCCUUUUGUGUAUCUCCUGACCGUUCCUUCUGUCUGUUUCUGUAUACCUUUCCCCAUCUGACUAGUGCAUCCAGCCAGAUGGAUAAAUGGAAAGUCCUGGAACUUACUUGACCACUCUUCUUAGCACUUUCCUUCCCACAGCCAUAGGAAUGUGCAACCUCAUCCUAUGCAUGUUUACUCAGAAGUAAGUCCCUCUGAGUCCAGUGGGCCUUACUCCCAGGCAAGUGCAUAUAGAAUUGGAGCCUUGAACAACAUCCAUGAGAUGGGAGACUAGGAUGAGAUUGUCUCUUCCAUUUUUGAACCUAAUAUUAGUCGCCGUCCUCCCUACUGUUUCAAGGAAAGAGAUGAGCCUUUUGCUGUCCUGUAACAACAAUGGUCUCUAUUUUAACUUGUGUGCAAUAACAGAGCCUCUGCAUUGAUGGGAGCUCUUGAAGAGGCUUUAUUUUGAAGCUAGCUCUCCAUUCUAGGACAUAAUUGUAUGUACUCUUACCAGUUAACAUGGUUGAGUGUGGAUAGUCACUAGUCGGGGAGCCUACUGGAGUACUUAGAAAGGACAACCAUGUAUAUACCCAGCAUUCCACUCAGUCAUUUGUAUUUAUGAGUAUAUAAAAGUAUGAGACAUGUAUGUAAAUUGAAGCCCUUCCAACCUGAAGUGGUUGACAAUGGGCAGGGGAACCUGAAUGGCUCUUGUAAAAGAGCAGAAGCUUGGCCCGAAUUGAUGGGUCUGUCAUAUUUCUGGGAAUUCCUUUUUGCCAUUUUAUAAUUAAAAUAAUAAAGCUCUUUGGCAGAAAUUAA